CCGUCAACCACAAUAACGUCGCCAACGGUAGAAGAGACGAAGACAACUGGUAUGAGUACAAUCGCGCGUACAAUUGCUGGAAAUGAACCAACACAAGAGUUGUUCAUAUCGCAAUACGUCCGAGGUGGUAACGAGUACUCGCGAUGGACUUAUACGACGAUGUUUCCGCUUGGAGAAAAGCCCGAAUACGUUUAUAUGCCGAAAAUACGGUUCGAUAUUCAAAUGAUCACAAAGAAUUUAUCGGUAUACACAAAGCAACUGUCAACAUGUGAAAAUGCAUUACAGAAGGCUCGUGUGAAUAUAGACAACCUGAAGAUUUUGGCUGGGAAAGAUACUCAAACGGAUUUACAAAGACUCGACAAGGAAACAAAAGCGUUACUCGGUGAAAUUAACAGUUUGAACGAUGCGUUGCGUAAAUCGAAUGACUCUAAUGGCGAAAUUAACGUCAGCGAGAAGUUGAAAGUAAAAUAG